AUGUAUGCUGCUGUAUCAUGUAUGCUUCGACGAAUAUUCUACUGCAAAUACCUGGCAGCGUUUUGGUUCCCAUCAAGUAGGAUCUUGCAUGUACCAUCGAUGGUUCAGUGGUUACUAAGCCAGCGAACUCAAAAUCAGAGUUUCAAACACAAUGGGAAUGAUGAACGUCGCUGUCGUCAUUCGGCAACACUGCAGGAAAGCCUAUCGAAUGAUUUGCACACAAUGCUCACGGACAAGCCUUCAUAUCGUAUGAUGCCUAAUUUAAAUGCUUGGGAGUCGGCGCUCGGGUUAGGAAAGAACUCUUCUCCUUGA